UAAUGGUUUCCAUCCCCAAAUACUAUGAAGGAAAGAACAUCCUCCUGACAGGAGCUACAGGGUUCAUGGGAAAAGUGCUUCUGGAAAAGCUACUCAGAUCCUGUCCUAACGUGAAAGCAGUGUAUGUCUUGAUAAGGCCCAAAGCAGGGCAGACAGCUGAAGCGCGAGUAGAAGAAAUUACCAGCUGUAAGCUCUUUGACAGGUUGAGAGAUGAGCAACCAGACUUCAGAGCAAAAAUAAUUGUAGUUGAGAGUGAUCUUACACAGCCUGAACUGGACCUUAGUGAACCAAUCAAGGAAGAACUUAUAGAAUGCAUUAAUAUUAUAUUUCAUUGUGCUGCUACAGUCAGAUUCAAUGAAACACUAAGAGAUGCCGUUAAGUUAAAUGUGACUGCCACACAAGAACUUCUGUUCUUGGCACAGCGAAUGAAGACUCUGGAGGUGUUCAUACAUGUUUCAACUGCCUAUGCGUAUUGCAAUCGAAAACAGAUUGAGGAAGUAGUUUAUCCACCUCCUGUUGAUCCCAGGAAACUGAUGGAUUCUCUUGAGUGGAUGGAUGAUGGCCUGGUGAAUGCUAUUACUCCUAAACUGAUAGGCGACAGACCCAAUACUUACAUAUAUACAAAAGCCUUAGCUGAAUAUGUAGUGCAACAAGAAGGUGCAAAAUUAAACACAGCCAUUAUAAGGCCAUCUAUUGUUGGUGCUAGCUGGAAGGAGCCUUUUCCUGGAUGGAUUGAUAGCUUCAAUGGACCUAGUGGUGUCAUCAUUGCUGCAGGAAAAGGAAUUCUUCGAACAAUGAGAGCUUCCAACAAUGCACUGGCAGAUCUCGUUCCAGUAGAUGUUGCUGUUAAUACGACACUGGCUGCAGCCUGGUAUUCUGGAGUUAAUAGGUAUAACUG